AUGGCUUCGGCAAUGGGAGAUGUGGCAGAGCAUACUCUUGACAGCUCCAAGACCGGUCCCGCUGUCAAUGCUGUGUUUUCGUGUCUUCCAUGCCGUGCUAGGGACGCCGUCGGUCCGCUCCAGUCCAACACAUUCGGAGUCCAUGGUGCCAUGGCCCAUGGGGGCUUUCCCCAACAAACCUAGAUGCAAGCCGGACAUUGAUGACGGCACGGAACCGAUCCUGUGAUCAGCCA